CCAUAGUCAAACAGAAUUGAAUGAUUUCCGUUUCCGUUUAUUUCAUUCGUUCAAUGUAGUUCCUCCUUAUUUUCUUUUCCGUUUCCAUUUAGCCAUUUUGUUCGUGGUUUUGUUCAUUCUUCGAGCAAUCCCUCCGCUUGCCAGCCGUUUCUCUCGGAUCGAUCGAACGUCUUGCUGGCCAUAGCUUGGAAUUUCUGCCAACUCACUAGAAAGUGUUAUAAUAGUAUUCUUUCAAAUUAAAGAAAUCCUUUUCUAUAAAGAGGAUGGUAUUGAAAUAUUACAUUAAAAUAAUAUAAUGUAGGAUUCUAAAUGAUAUUAGUACCAAAUACACAGUAAUAUUAAUCGAUAAAUAUUAAUCACACUCGUGAUUAUACAGACUAUUAUAUGAUAUAUGUUUGAUAAAUAGUGUAAUUUCAUAUAAACGAACAAUAACUAGUUAAUAAGUGUUCCUACGUGCAAGAAAAUUGUUAGAUUGUAACAAUGAUAAGACGCCAUGUUUUAUGUGGAACCUAAGGCGUGGCAUUUCUACAUCAUUGUGCUAUCGGCUGUCGUGUUAUUUGUCGAAGUAAUAUAAAGUAUAAGAAUGCCACGUAUUGACCCUGUUCAAUUAUUAAAUUGCCUGGGUGUACUCCUGUCACCAAAUGGUGGGAUCAAAUCCAGGGAUGAGGUACAGAGGCUCGCUAGCCUUAUGACAAAAUUUUCGAAGAAAUUGGUAUCUAAAUGUAUUUAUAUACAAAUAUUAAAGUGUACAGAAACGGAUUUACUCGGUUUAUUUAUGGGAUCCGGAGGCUGGGUUCUAGUACACAUGUGGCUUACAGAAAGUAUAGUUGCUAAAAAUUGGCCUCUUGUAAAAGAGUUGCUGGAGUUAUUAUUAUUAUGUCCUGUUGAUAUCGAUCGUUUGAAGACCAAUAACUGCCCGAAACUUGUAAAGGAGCUGUCUAAGGACGACAAUCAUUUUGCUAUCAGAGCCUUGGCAUCAAAAUUGGUAGAACAAUGGCUAAAAACCGUAAAAGGCGAACAAGUUGUUCCAGUUAAACUUUCGGAAAUUCCUAAUAUAAUAUCGGAAGCGCAAAAUGACACCGAUGGCUUACCUAAUGCAGAAGCAAGUUUAGAGAGAACUAAUGACGCAAAUAAUGACAUUAAAGCCAUAAAAGAAGAAAUCCAAUCAGAAAAUAAUUAUAAUGAUGUUGAUACUAAUAAAAAUGUAAACCAUGUGAUUAAAAGUGAAGUAGACGAAGAGCCUGAGGCAUUACCAGUAUUAAAGAUUAGUUUAAAAGAUGGAAAGCAAGUCAUAUCGCAAGUUGAUGACGACACUGAAAGUAAAACUUCAGACGUAACGUCAGAUUCCGAAAAGUCCAAAGAUAAAAAAAGAAAUAAGGAUAGAUCUGAUGACAAAAGUAGUAGUACAGUUUCUAAAUCGAGCAGCUCUUCUAAACAUUCGAGUAGAUCACAUUCAAGUGAUAAACAUAAAAGCCAUAAAUCUAGUUCUAGCCGACAUAGUAGUAGUAGUAAUAAAGAUAGAUCAAGGGAUAAAGAUAGACAUUCCUCUCAUAAUAGUUCUAGAUCAAAAAGUGAAAGCAGCAAAAAAUCGAGCGAUAAGUCGUCGUCUUCCAGUAGCAAAUCUAAAGAUGAACGUAGUUCUCGAUCGUCUACUGACAAAAGUAAAGAUAAAGGAAAAGAUGAUAAAAGUGAGAAAAAUAAAGACAACUCUCAUAGCAAGUCAUCUGAUAAACAAGAUGAUAAAACGCCGUCUGUUCACAAACUAGGUAAAAUACCUAAAUUAAGUGAUGCCAAAAAAGAAAAACCUUCCAUAUCCAUAGAAGUGAGAAAACCAGAUGAACCUAAGCCGAAAACUGUGAAAACAUUCAACUCUAAGUUUAGAAAACAUGGAUUAGAAGAGGAAGUCAAGCCGCCACCAUCUCGCGCAGCAGUAUUAACAAAGAAAUCUACGCCAGUUUUGCCGCCUACCGUAUCAAUACCAAAGAGACCAUCUCCAGUUCACAAUGAGUCACCUCCAGAAAAAAAAUCAAAAACCAUAGAGCCUAUUGAAAAACCAGGGUCUAUCAAACUAAUUCCUCCUAAGCCUAAACCUGUUAUGUUGUUGGAGAGUGACAUGUUCAUGGAUGCAUUAAAUGCUUCAGCUACAAAUAAAAGAGAUCCUAAGAAAAGAAAACGACGAACAAGCGGCUCUAAAGAUGGUAAUUCUGGAACCGAUACUUCACCUCCGCACACACCAACUAGUUUGAGCAGUCCAAGUAGUGAAAGUAAGUCUGUGCCGCCAAGAUUUUAUCAAGAUACACUUGAGACGGACGAAAAUAAAGAAAAGGUAGAGAAAACAGAUACUGAAAACGUGGAUGAAAAUGUCGAUAAAAAGGAAAAUGAAGAGGAAAUGGACACAUCAGAACCACAUACUUUAACGAUCAAUGGACUCAAGGGAGUCCUCUGCUAUCACAAAAGGAAGGGUCCUAAAAAAAGUAUAAAAUGGAAACCAGAUUCUGAACUUGAAGAAAUUCAAUACUUCGAACUUGACGAAACUGAACGAGUCAAUGUUACGAAGACGUUUACUGACAUGAAAUAUUUAGAAAGAAUUCAUGAACGAGACGCUUUCCAGAAAGGAAGAAAUCUCAGUAAUGAUGACGUCAUGGAAGAAAAAACUACUUGGAGGCCCCCACGACCAAUUCAGGUCGAAGGACAAGUACAAGUAGAACAUGGCAAAAACAGUAAAGAAAAAGAAAUUCAAGCAAUACGUCAAAAAGGUACAUUGCAGCCUCUUUAUUUCUCUAAAUCUAUGAUACCUGAUUCUGCGCUGGAACCAGAUCCGGAAACACAUCCCUACACGGAACCUACAAUUAUACCAUUAGAUGAUGUAACAGGCAAUCAAGAUAAUAUAAGCGAUUUUAGAAAUAUGCCUUGGCCAGAACCUAAAGGUAAUGCACCACCGGCAUCAGCUAACAUGAAUGUUCCUAACAUGUUCCCACCAAGCAUGAAUCAGUUCCCUAAUGGUUUUCCAAAUCCACAAUUUCCGGGUGUGCCUGGCUUUCAAGGAGGUAACAUAGUUCCUACUGAAUGGCCAGCUGGAGUCCCACCCCACAUAAUGGCUAAUGGUAUGCCGGGCCCCAUGCCACCUGGCGCUAUUCCACCUGGUAAUAUGCCUCCGGGUAUGAUGAUGCCUCCCGAUAAUAUGAUGAUGGGUCCAGAAAUGUUUGGAGGACCAAAUCCAAUGUUUCCUGGUCCACCAGAAGGGUUUAAUAUGCAGCAAAAUAUGUUUCCGAUGGACUUCAAUAUGUCGGGUCCACAAGGACCUCCACCCUCCGGACCAGACGGCUUUCCUGGUAUGGCAAAUUUCCGAGGAGCCAUGCGAGGCCGUGGCGCUGGCGGCCAUUGGCGAGGUAAUAAAAACCCUGGAAACUGGGAGGGUCCUCAACGAGGUAGAGGUGGUGCACGUGGUAGCCGCAAAGCGGUUUGCAUAUAUUUCCAGCGAAAAGGAUCGUGUAGACAAGGUGAUAAUUGUACGUUUUUACAUCCUGGUGUGAAUUGCCCAUUUUAAGAGUAAUAAUUGUUUUGUGAAUAAAUGAGUCAUUUAUUAUAGGUUCCCUUUGGGCUGUGUUAAUGCGAUUGUGGCUAGUGACACAAACUUGUAAACACAGGCUAUUAUAAUUAGAGUUAGACACUCAAAAAGACUGCUUAAUGUAAAUAAAUGUUAAGGAAUAUGGUUAAAAACAUGUAAAUAUGUAAAAAGUAUAAGUAU